UGUUUGCGCGAGCAAGCGCAAUGCGCUGCGUACCACUUAAUCUGCCUACCUGAAAAUAACACUACACAUGCCUUUCCAAUACCAUAAAUUGAGCAUACGUUAGAUUAAUCAGCAUACAAUAUUGCUGCAAUAGACGCACGCUAUUACUUGGUUGUCAGUACAAUAGUAGUAAUGUUAUCAACGUUUCCUAUUGGAUGAAUAUAGGGUUUCUAAAGGUAUUUAAACUUUUAACAACCGUCCUCUGUUCGGAGGUCCCGUUUUGUUGUACCGCUGCAGUUAUUAUUACUGUGCUUGCGCAUUUGUUCCACUGUCCGUUCGGCUGAAGAUGCCACCAUCUGCAGACUUCUUGCUUCCCGACAAAAGAGGGGUCAGUGGACCCAGCCUCUUCCACUGCGUACCUCAGGGGCAUGAUAUUUGAAGGAGACGUUCCUUGUUUGGGACCUGCAUUGUUAAUUCAAUCCUUAAUUGUUGGUCAUUUUAAAAUAAAUAAAUAAAUAAACGUCUGGUGCUCUAUUGAGUUAGUUUGUCCUUUUCAAUACUCCGUAGUGUUUAAAAUACAACCGCAGAGGGAGUUCUGAAGUAAACCACAGGAAUCAGAAUUUGCAAUGGUUUAGCGGUUUAGUUGCAACCACCAGACAGACGCAACAAUCUCACCAGUGUACCAGCCAGCUUCCACAGACAGCGAGGAUGUGUGACAGCGACGACAGUUUGUGUGGAUACAACACCUCCAGGUUUCAGACUCGCCCUGCAGCUUCAGCCUGUUCUCUCCAGGGUCGCCCCCUGCGCACCACUCUGGCUGCCCUCCAGCAGCUCCUCUCGUGGGUUCACACUCACAGUCGCCACUGCCCCCUGCAGCCCUGCCACAACCCCUCCCGGGCAGAGAAAGCAGCAAAGCGACCCCCGAAGGUGACCCGCUGGGCCUGCGGAGCUGGGCACAGCUACUCCUGGGAGCUCAGCCUAUUGGUGGAUCCCGAGGAGCAGCCGAGGCCAGGGGGGCGCCCCCUGCUGGUCAAUGGAGGGAGGGUGAAUACCAGGAGGGAGGCACAGGGAGACAGUGAGAGGAGAGAGGCUGGCUCGAGUGUGGAGCAGACACAGCCUCACAGCGCCCCAGGAGCGCGGGGAGAGGAGAGGAGACGAGCUCCUGCUGUAAAGCAGGAGGAGGAAGAGGAAGAAGAUGACGGGGAGGUUGUGACUCUGCUGCAGAUGGACUGUGAGUCGGACCCAGACGAGCUCAGCCUCUCUGGAGAAGAGUUCCUGGAUCACACAGAAAUGAAUGUGGAGCCAGAGGACUUGCAAAGUGACCAUGCCUAUACACUGCCACACCACAUAGUGAAGAGUGAGGCAGAGGAAGAGGAGGAGGGAGAUGUGGGGAGAGAGGGAGAGGAGGAAGGUGUGGGCGGGAGAGGAGAGGAGUCUGGUGAAGAUGCAGAGAGUGCGAUUGACCCCAGGGAUUCGGAGUACCAGCAGUCUUCAGAGGAGGGGGACAGGAUGGACCCAAACGACUCUGACUACCGGCCCUCAGACAGCUCUGGCGAAGGAAAGCGUGUGCGUUCAGUGAGGCAAAAGGGGUGUGUCUCCUGCCCCUACAGGGAUUGUGGGAAAAUGAUCAUGUCCCAGAACGGUCUCCGGCUCCACAUCCUCUCCUAUCACAAGCGAAUCCGGAGGCUGACCUGCACCUUCCCUGGCUGCACGCAGAGAUGCCUCAACAAGGCCCACCUGAAAGAGCACCUGACCAGACAUAGCAAUGAGAGGACAUUUGUGUGUGAGGUGUGCAACAAGGGCUUCAAAACCAGCAAGAAUCUGACUGUACACAAGCGCAUUCACACUGGGGAGAAACCUCUGCAGUGUGAGUUCUGCGGGUACACCUGUCGACAGAAGGCCUCUCUGAACUGGCACAUGAAGAAGCACAAUGUGGAGUCGUCCUACAGCUUCUGUUGUGAGCUCUGCGGGAAGAGGUUUGAGAGCAAACUGAACCUGCACUUCCACAAGGGCAAGAGCCACCCUGAGGCCGUCUGCACCCCCGACUGAAGAGUCAUCGAUGGGACCAUCGACAGAGAGACAGACAGACAGAGCGGAAACCCAGAGGCCGUCUCCACCCCGACUUCCACAAGGGCAAGAGCCACCCCGAGGCAGUCUCCACCCCCGACUGAAGACCUAUCGAUGGGGCCAUCGACAGAGAGACAGAGAGAGAGGAAACCCCAAGGCCGUCUCCACCCCCGACUGAAGAGCUAUCGAAGGGGCCAUCGACAGAGAGACAGACAGGCAGACAGGCAGAGAGUCUGAACUGCGAUUCUGUCAGUCCGUGACUCAGCUCUCAGAAUCCGGUGGCCUUUCUGAUGGAGGAAGUGAACUAACGAAGGUCCAAGGCAAAGGGACAGAAAGGGGGGCUGUCAAUAUAUAUAUAUAUAUAUUAUAAUAAUGUAUUGGCCAGAAUAUAGUAGCACAUAAUAACUCGACCGGCACAGCCACGGGUACAUUACCAGCCCAAAUCCAUACAGAGAUGUAUAUUAUUGUGUGGUAAUAUAUUCUGACUGAUGUUAUUUACAGGGCCGGCGCAAGGAUGUUUGCGUCGCUAGGCAAACGGAAUUUUGCCACCCUCCCUUUUCACUCUUUUUUAAAAUUAUAUAUAUAUAUAUAUAUAUAUAUAUAUAUAUAUAUAUAUUGUGAUGACGUGACCCCAAGGACUAAUAAACCACAGGUAGGAGACUCGAGUUGCCGUUCAACAACACUCUUGGUGUUCUUUAUUUAUUUAUUUUAAUUCACUCUUACCAAACAAACAAACAAAACAAAAGCCUAACUCCGGCAAGGAGUGCUAACUUAACCUUUAUAAGGAGGCCCUGUCUAACCACGGGACAGCUAUCUGUUACCCGUAACAAAAAACAAAUAUUAAACUUAAUUUCUUUAACAA